AAGUUUGCAAGGACAUCGGUAAAGGUUCAUUUCACCCCCCUUCGUUAUCUCUCUUUCCCCAAUCUAGGGUUUUGAAACCCUCUCCCUCGCUCCGAAAUUCUUACUCGCAUUUUGCUGUAUCUCCACUUCCGAUUCGCGCUAAUGGCAGAGGAAGCGGUCUACGCAUCCUCAGGAGGCGAACAGAACAAGCGCAAGUACGAGGAUUCUCCGCCGCCGGUGGCGCGUCGCGCGACGGGCUUUUCGUCGGCUCCCGACUCCGCGGCGCCUCCACCGUCGUACAAAAACGUUCCGCCUCCUAUGAGCGAGAUAGAACUGGCUAAACAGAAGGCGCAGGAGAUCGCUGCGAGGCUUCUGAAUGACGCAGAUCCGUCCAAAAGAGCCAGAGGUGAAAACGGAGGUGGUUUUGGCGGGGGAUUCGAUGCUAUUGAUGCAGGUAUUGGUCAGAAGCAUUUGGGUUUGGGUCUUAGCACUCCACCGCAGAGUGCGUCUUAUGGUUAUCCAGGUCCAAAUAAAAGAAUUGAGAUACCAAAUGGAAGGGUUGGUGUAAUUAUUGGCAAAGGUGGUGAAACUAUCAAAUACCUUCAAUUGCAGUCAGGUGCAAAGAUUCAGGUAACUAGAGACAUGGAUUCGGACCCUAAUUCUACUAGUAGGGGGGUUGAGCUCACGGGGACUCCAGAUCAAAUAGCUAAGGCAGAGCAAUUGAUCAGUGAUGUUCUUUCUGAGGCUGAGUCAGGUGGUUCUAGCGUAGGUUCUCGACGGUCGACUGGGCAACCAUUUGGAGCAGAGCAGUUUGUGAUGAAGGUCCCCAACAAUAAGGUGGGACUUGUUAUUGGCAAAGGUGGUGAAACUAUUAAAAGUAUGCAAGCAACAACUGGGGCUCGUAUUCAGGUCAUACCUCUGCACUUGCCACCUGGUGAUAAUUCACUAGAGAGGACUGUACAAAUUGAUGGCAGCAGUGAACAAAUUGAAGCUGCUAAAUUGUUGGUCGAAGAAGUUACCAGUGAGAAUCGUAUGAGAAACAACAAUUCGAUGUCUGGAGGAUAUUCUCAGCAAGGUUAUCAAGCUCGGGCUCCAACUAACUGGACACAAAAUCAGCAGCAACCUGGUUCUGGUUAUGGCUAUGUCCAGCCUGGCGCAUACCCUGGCCCACCACAAUAUAAUCAACCACCUUACUCUGGUUAUCCUCCUCAACCCACUACUGGUUGGGAUCAAUCAACUGCUCCUCCUCAAAAUCAAGGAGCCGCUCAAGGAGGUAACUAUGAUUACUACAACCAGCAGCAGCAGCAGCAAACUCAAGGAGCCCCAGCCGAUGGCUCUAAUAAUUAUGGGUACGGUCAGGGUUACGCACAAGGUUAUGGCCAAGAUGGCUAUGGUGGUGGGUAUCAAGCGCAAUCAGGAUAUGACCAACAAGGAUAUAAUAACUCUACUUACGCCAAUGCUCCUAACCCAACACCUGAUGCACAAACACAGGGCGAAACCAAUCAAACAACGCCACCUGGACAGUCGUACAAUCAUAAUUAUCCACAUCAAACUUCUAGUCAACCAGGUUAUGGAUCUUCACAGGGUGCUUAUGGAACACAAGCACCACCUAGUUACGCAAGUUAUGGAACACCUCAGGCCCAAAAUCCGGGCACUCAGCCGACUUACGCACAGCCACAGCAGUCACCUGGGGCUCAGUAUGCUCAGUAUCCACCUAGCUCAGAUUCUAGUGCACAGAGACCUCCUUCAUCAGGUUAUGCUGCAGCAUCUCAGACAGGGUAUGGGGCCCCACCUGCAGGGGGGUAUGCGCCCCCACCAUACAGCAAUGCUUAUGGCGGUGCGUAUUCCCAGCCUCCAGCUUACUCCUCUGAUGGCAAUGCACGCGGUGGUGCUGCUACCCAUGAUGUGACUCCACCUCAAGCAGCCCACCCCUCUGGGGCUGCGAAAGCCUCGCCUCCUAGUUAAAUUUUUUUUACAGUCAGUUGAUCGAUUGAGUUCUGCUACUAAUGUAUUGUUACUUUUAAUAGAUGUUUUAGGUAAUUGAGGUCUGCUAUUCGGACAAUGGACUUUUGUAAUUCGGACAUUGGACUUCUGUAAUUCGGGCAUUGGACUUUAGCAUGUUUCUAUGCUGUUAUGUCUUAAGAUUAUGUUCUGCUAUUUAGUUUUGGCCACACAGAUUUUCUUCAGUUUUAA